AUGAAGCGCUCCGCGCCCUCUCCACCGCUCGCAGCAUCAUCCCUAAAGAGAACGCGUGGUACAAGCAACAAUUUGGACGACAGACCAGCAGAAGGCAUGGCAUCAGGAGACGACGCGCAGAUAUUCGCAGAAACGAUCCUGGACACGGAAUCUGGACUGAGCCUUUCUAACGUAGAAUCGUCGUCGGGUGCUCUCAACAAGAGCCUGCAUAAUAAUAAUGCUGAGGUUGGGAGCUUGGAUGACAUGUCAUCAGGAGAUCAAGCUUCGUCUAUUCAGUCUGGCAUUGAGGAGUCAUUGGCAGGGUUGACUAUCGUGGAUGAUCCCUUCACAGUGAAACAGCAUGAGCUCUUACACGUCUCAACUGCUGCAACUCUACUGGAAGUCAUCUUUGGUCACAUCGAGGUAUACAUCAAGCCUGCAUAUCGCCGUAAUUAUGACAACAUCCUCAAGGAGAUAUGA